GGCCGCAGCUCCGAGGGAGGGCACCUCGGGCACCCCCACCACCACCACCACCACCCCCACGGGCGCUUCGGGGAAGGCCCUCCCGGCCGGAUGGACUCCAAGCGCGGCGGUAUGGUACACCACGGCGGACCCCGUUUCACCGGCGGCGAGCAGCACCCCGGGCCGAGGCACCACGGCCAGCAACGGCAGGGCCCAAGGCCGUCCAUGUUUUCGGUCCUGGUGGACUGGAUAAUGGGCGAUUCUUCGUCCUCUGACUCGAACGACGAGAAAUCCUCCUCCUCCUCCUCCUCGUCGUCUGAUUCGUCCUCGGACGACGGGGACGUCUUGAUCACUGUUGACGGCCCUUUCUUCGGCGGAGGCCCUGUAACUGAGCCCUUUUUGGUGGAAAAGGCCAUCGUUCGGGAGCCCAUGAUGGUGGGAAAGCGGGACAGUGGGCUCUUCCACGACCCCUCGCACCCCCACCCCCACGGGCCGCCCCCGCCCCCCCACGGCCUCGGGCCGCUCCCCGGAGCCCCCCUGGAGCGCGGCCCUGACGGGGGGCGCGACCACAUCCGCUCCCGCAACCGCCUCCCCGAGGACCUGGAGAACCGGGGGCGGGCGUGGCUGGAGGACUCCCUGGACGGAGAGGACAUUGGCCCCGUCGAGGGCAUCCUGGCCUUCUUUUUCUUCAUCGGCACCUGCACGCUCCUGCUGCUGCCGUUCUUCCUGCUGGGCCGCGCGCUGAGGAAGCUGGUGCGGGCCGGCGCCGGUGGCGGCGGUAGCGGCAGCGGCAGCGGCAGCGGCAGCGAUGCCCCGGAUGGGUACCAGGCGCUGCCCGACGACGCGACGGCAGCGGUGCCGGCGGCGGCGGGCCGGCGUGGGGACGACGACGACAACGUUGUGGUUACCGGAACGCCGGUGAACCCGCCCCCGUCCGUCCACCUUUGAAGACGGGAAGAAAAUCGGUUUGAGUCGUUCUUCUGACCCGCCGGUGAAGAAUCUGAAUGGGCUGCUGUUAUUUAGCUGACUGGUGGUGUUUGUUUUGCCGCCGGGCGGAACACAGCCCUUGGGCGGGGUUCACCUAACAGUACAGGGACUCGUCGUGUCCGACUACUUGAGACGUGUAAUCUUCCGGGCGGGUGUUUUGCUUUGCCGGAUGGAGAGACGCGCGUACGUAGGUAGGUGUUGAACCCCGCAAGGAGCGGUGUAUGAAACGACGGGAUACAUGCGUGUUUGGGUGGCCGGGUCGGGCGGACAAAUAAUUCCUGCGCUCGUCGUUCUAGACAUGAAGGAAGUGCUGCUGCCUCUUGUUCGGCAGUUGCUAGCUGCGCGUGGAGAGCCGAGGUAGUUGUAGGAUAGGUGUUCAUUGCAAAUUGUUUUUGUCUUGUGUGCGUGUGGUUACUGUUUUUAUCUGCAUAGGACGGGGGGCAAGAAGGGGCAAAGGAGGGACGAAGAGAAGUCGGACAGGAGGAUGCGUACGUCGAGUGUCUCCACGCUUGGUCCAUUAUAGCGAUACUUGCCGGGGGCUCCGGGAGCCCUCUUCUCGAACCCCCAGUUCCCGAUUUUUGUAGGGUUUUCGGUCGGCAUACGUAUUAGCUAUAUAUACACACACGCACCCUCUGUGUCUGUGCGGUCGGUGGCCCUGUGCCUGUCUUUUACCCCCUGGCGUAGGCUCUUUUUUUGUGUGUGUUGUUUGCUGGAAGGAAGGAACGCACGCGGGUUCACUGCGCUGCUGCUGCUGCUGCUGCUGCUGCUGCAUGCAAGGGCCGUGUGCGCGUGUAAGUGUCCGUUUGCCCAGCAGAAGACUUGGUGGGUGGGGCGUGGUGGGGCUUGUCGGCCUCACCACAAGUGCUUUUCCUUCCUUGAAGUUGGCGAAUAUGAUGUUCAUAAAAUUGUCUUGUUCUUGUUCAUUUUUUUUUCCCGGUUGUUGGACGUCGUGGCGUCGCCUUCGGCCGUGCGUUCCCUGUUGCCGCCUUUUGGUCUCUCCCAGGCCAUUUAUUUCAAGCACCAUACGGGUGCGCGGGAGAGCGGUGAACCUCGGGUAGCGUAGCGAACACAGACAGACGCGUCGACAGACUAGCGCGAGUAGUAUUUAGUGCAGCUGAUUCGUUUUCGUCAUGAUCGUUUCACCUCCUGC